AAAAGUAAAUAUUUUUUUAAAAAACUUAUCAGUCCCGGUUCAACAAUGUUCAAAAUAGCAGCUUUAGUUAGUUUAUUUGUGACCUUUACUCUUGCAGCUCCAAAUUCAGAUGGAAGAAUAGUUGGUGGACGUGAUGCUGUACGUCGUCAAGCACCAUUUUCAGUAUCAGUCAGAAAUACAGGUACAGAUUUUCAUGUUGGAGGUGGUGCAAUGAUAAGUGAUCGAUGGAUUGUGACAUGUGCGAGUAUUUUACAAGGACGCGCAGACACUUCCUUUGAUGUUGCUUUAGGAAUCGUUCAACUUAGUCAGUCAUCUGUAUCUGGAUCAGUUAUUAGAAGAAGUGCUGAAAUUGUUCCUCACCCUGGUUUUAUACUUUCAUCAAUGAUCAAUGAUAUCGGAUUGAUAAGAUUAGGCGGAGUUGGAUCUGUUUCAUUUUCCACAUUCAUAAUGCCAAUUUUCUUUGAAGCUACACGAUGGGAUUCACCAGCAACAUCAGUUUUGUCAGGAUGGGGUUCUCAAUCAUCAUUAGGUCCAGUGGGUGACACCAUGCAAAUUCUGUUAACUGAAACAAUGACGAAUGAGGAAUGUGAACAAAUUUUGGGAAGGACGUUGACAAGAGAUGUGGUUUGCACAAGAAAUAAUGAUGGUUCUGGUCUAUGCGCAAAUGAUAGAGGAUCACCGUUGGUUGCUGGUCUGCAAUUAAUUGGAAUUGCAUCAUCGAGUGAAGCAUGUGGAACAACAAGACCUAAUAUUUACACGAGACUCUCAUCAUACAGGACUUGGAUCGGAAGCAUAACUGGAAUAUAAAUUGUUCGUCGCUUUGUCUAUCAUUGCGGACAUUUACGAGUGUUUUCAAUGGACAGUCUUAUAUUUUUGAAAUAAUUUUUUUAAAUCUGAAUUUUUUUUUGAUUUUCUUAAGAAAAAGCAUAUGAAAAGGUUUGAUUUCAUCGGAUUUGAAAGAAAAUAAAAUUUAAAAUUCUAAAUCAAUAUGGGCAAGAUCGAAAAUGAAUUGUUCGUGACGCUAAGCAAUAAUUUACAAUUUUUGAAUUAAUAAUGCAAAAGAUGUAUUUAAGACUUGUGUUUUUCUUAAAGUCCUUGCCAAGACCUAUAUUUUGGUGUAUAACAAGUAUCUCUUAGACAUUGUAUUAUAAUUAAAAAUUAAUUUAAAGUGCUUAGCGUCACGAACAAUUUUGAAGAAAUUCGAUUUUAC